UAAGAAGCCUUUAUUAUUUUCAAUAACAAAAAUGCAGAAUAUUUCUGACACUGGUAAUUUCUCCAAUCAAUCAUUUGAUUUUUUGACUAUAGAAAAAGAUUAUAUAGAUGCCCCGAUGCCUUAUGAAUUAUUGAUUUUAGUAAUACAAUACACCCUAUUAUUACCUAUUAUUUUUCUCUGUUGGAUUUUUAUGCUUAAGUUUUUAAGGACCCAUGGAUUUAUUACUCAGACUCAAGCAGACAAUAUGAUAGAUACUCUAAGAAACUUCCCCUUAGAUGAAUGAUUAGGUUUAAGAUACAUUAAUAGUAAAAGUAAUU